AUGGCACAAAAGCGCUACGACGAAGCUGAGACAACGUUGGUGACCGGCAUGGAGGCGCUGCUCACGCACCACCAGACCGUGUCGGCCUCCGAGCUCGGCCAGCAGCUCAUCAAGCUCUACGUCGACACGCACAAGAGCCCUACCGAUGCCACCAUCGAGACGAUCGUUCGACACUUUCACGGCUACGGCCUCGAUGUGGACGACGGCCGCGUGAGCUUCAUGAAGGCCGCCAUCAAAUGGACCAUCGGAGAGGGCUGCGGCGGCAAGCAUGGCGAACCACGACUUCACGACGCGCUCGCAGACUACUACGCCUCUAAAGGGGAUUAUGGGCGGGCGCAGCAGCACUACGUACGGGGCACCAAUCCGUCCAAGUUCAGCAGCAUGCUCGUGGAGUACGCCAAGGGUGGCAACCCCGAUGAGGCCGACCUCUUCAUCACCCGCGCCGUCCUGAUGUACUUGUGCCUGCAAAAGCAAGAUGAGGCCAAGCAAGUGCUGCACGCUUACCUUGCACAGAACUCGGCCCUCAAGACGCACCCGACACCUUUGAUCAACUUCACGCAUCUGCUGCUGGACAGCUUCACGCGAAGCAACGCCCAAGCCCUCUUCUCGCUCCUGAGGAAGCACUACACCCCUUCCCUCUCGCGGGAUCCCGAGUUCUUGCAGUACAUGGACCAGAUCGGGUCGGUGUACUACCGCCUGCAGCCGCGUGCCAACGCGGGCGGUUUCGGCUUCCUCAACGACUUCCUCAAGGUCUUCCUCUCGCCCGACGCCGCCGAAGGUGGUAGCGAUUCGACCACCACGCCCUCUUCCUCUUGA